UCCAAAACAUAACAUGAGCAGCGUUAGCUUUAAUUCAGUGUGAGGUUAAAACGGGUUAGAUGUGUGAGCUUUAUAUGGGAAUGUGUGCAGUAAAAAUGUCUCCAGUUCAGCCCCAGAGAGAGAUGAUGAACGAGCUGUUAACUCCUGCUGAAGAAACAUUUACUGAGUUUAAAGGAAUCAUCGUCAAGACCGAGGAAGAGCUCGAUGGUCAGCACAGACUGCUGGAUUUCAGCCGGAUCCCCCUGAUCAUCUUACACCGAAUAGACUUGCCUCAACAUUAUGAUUUUCAAGGAGAGAAGGUUUUUAACGACCAGCGGCUGUGUAGCCUGGAGUGGAACUCCAGUUUAGACCACGAGGAACUAGAAACUCUGCAAAUAAAAGAGGAACAGGAGGAUCUGGAACAUUGUUUGAUAAAAGAGGAACAGGAGGAUCUGGAACACCUACAAAUAAAAGAAGAGCAAGAAGAACAUGAACAUCUGCCGACAAAAGAGGAUCAGGAGGAACUACUCUAUGUAAAGAUAAAAGAAGAAGAGAAAGAUCUUCAUCCAGAAGCAGCUCUUACUAAUAAGGAAAAAUACUGCAAUGAACCAAACAGGAACCGACUCAACUUUCAGAACCUUCCUGAAGCUAAGAACCAGAAUCAGGAAGGAAGCAAUGAAGAAAUUUCCGGAUCAAGGAAAGCAGAAGCAGCGAGACAAAAUAAAAGACUUCAGAAAACCAGACAGCAGAAAAAUGAUGCUGGAAAAGCAAAACGUAAAAUGCUUAAGAAAAACUAUUCAGGUAAGAGCCUGUAUUCUUGUAAAAUGUGCAAUGAAGCAUUUUUUCAUAAUAGUACCUUCAUUAGACAUCUCAGAACUCAUACAGGUGAGAAGCCUUUUUCAUGUACAACCUGUGGAAAAUGUUACAGUCAAAAAGGUCAUUUAACAGAUCACAUGAGAACUCACACAGGUGAGAAACCAUUCUCAUGUACCAUUUGUGGAAAAAGCUUCAGUCAAAAGAGCCAUUUAACAAUUCAUGUGAGAAUUCAUGCAGAUGAGAAGCCUUUCCCCUGUAUGACCUGUGGGAAAAACUUCAGCCAAAAAGGUCAACUGGCUUAUCACAUAAGAGGUCACACAGGUGAGAAGCCUUUUUCAUGUAUUGUUUGUGGAAAACGUUUUGGUCAAAAAAGUAAUUUAACUUAUCAUAUGAGAAGUCACACAGGCGAAAAGCCUUUUUCAUGUAUAAACUGUGGAAAAAGUUUUAGUUUAAAAGGUAAUUUAAUGUAUCACAUGAAGAACCAUGCGUGUGAUAAGUUUUUCCACUGUGUUACUUGUGGAAAAAAAUUCUGUAAGAUUGAAACUUUUACAACUCACUUGAAAACUCACACAGGUGAGAUGCCUUUCUCAUGUAUCACCUGUGGAAAGACAUUCAGCAAAAAAAAGAGUUUUAAUACUCACCUAAGAACUCACACUGGUGAGAAACCUUUCUCAUGUAAAAUGUGUGGGAAAAGUUACAUUCAGAAAAGUAGCUUGACCUAUCAUAUGAGAAUACACUCACCUGAGAAACCGUUUUCAUGUGAUACUUGUGGGAAAAGUUUCAGUAAAAAAGAUAUUUUCACAUCUCACUUGAAAAGCCACACAGGUGAGAAGCCUUUCUUGUGUAAUACUUGUGGAAAACAGUUUAGUCGCAAAAGUUUUUUAACAGUUCACUUAAGGGUCCACACCGGUGAGAAGCCUUUCACGUGUACUACUUGUGGGAAAUGUUUCACUCGGAAAAGUUUUUUAACGGUUCACAUGAGAACUCACACAGGUGAAAAGCCUUUUUCAUGUACAUGCUGUGGGAAUACUUUCAGGCAAAGGGCUCAUUUAGUUUGUCACAUGAGAACCCACACAGAUGAGACAAUGUAAUCUGAUGAAAAUUUUGAAAUUAUUUGAUCAGUUAUUAUUUAGAGGCUGGAGUAACCAAGAAGUAAAAAAGCUUUUCAAAUACAUACUACAAAAAAUGUUUCAAAAAAUUUAUAUUUUCCUUGAAAACCUUAGCUUCUCAUUUUAGGGGGAUUUUCUUAGCAUGUAAAUAUUCAUCAGUGUAUCAUAGAAUAACAUGCUGGCAGUUUUGGACUGUAAUGAAUGUGAUUUUAGAGCAAAAUACACCAUUUGCUAUCUUUAUCUUUUCUAUCUCACUUUCUCUUCAGCAGGCAAAUACUACUGAUGAUAUGAUCACAACUGCACAGCUUUUAGAUUUACCAACGUGUGAUAAUAUUUGAAAUUUUAUGAAAUAGGUAUUAGGGGUGUUUUGGUACAUCCAGUUUAAGAGACAAGACAAAGUGAAAUUCAUUAUAUUGAGACCAGUUUUAGCAACACUAUUGGGAAAAACGAAUAGUACCCAUUUGUUUUGUUUAAUACAGAAAUACAGUAAAGGUUUGAGAAAUGACGGUUGUAAAGAAUCUGUAAUUAGUAUAGGUUUUAGUUUUUACUUGUAGAAUUAACAUGUAAUUGAUGUCAAACUGUGUUUUUAAGAAUCUCUGGUGAGUUUAUGGUUUUAUAAACUUACCAGAGGUUUGGUUAUUCUAAAUAUUUUAGAUUUUGAACCAGAAAGGAUCAAAUGCAGUCUUGCUUUGUUAAAAAAAAAAGAAGUGAAACCACCCUGUGUUGCAGCAUAAAUAGUAUCCUUUCAAUUGGAAGCUAGCUUUAGCGUCAUUGACGACUAAUGGUUAGCUUGGCACAGAAUUCUCACAGUCGCUCAGAUCUGAUCUGUCACCAUUCCUUUUUUAAAUGCUGCCAAACAAAGAAUUUAAACAUGUUGCAGGCUUCUUUAUUGUUUAAUCAGAAUCAGCUUAAUUGGCCAAGACUGUGUGCAGAAACAAGGAAGUUGACUUCGGUUUGCAGUACUCACAGCGUACCAACACUGUAAAUAUAUAAACCUUAGAGGAAAUAAAAAUAAGGAUAAAUGAGCAGUAUGUACAUGCAUGUCUAUGACCUGCCAUUUUUUAUAAACAAAAACGAAAGGCAGGUUGUGAUGUUUCAAAUAUGCUUAUUUUGUUUCACAGUGGAGUAGCUGACUACUCCAGCUGUAAGGAGUUCAUUGUGUUCAUCAGACAGGCUGAGGGGAAGAAACUGUGUCUGUGGCAGCUGGUUUUUGCAAAUGGCAAUCUGUAGUGAAGACCUGAAGGUAAAGGUCUAAGGACAGACAGCCAAAGUGUAAUAAACAAUAAGUUCUGCAGAGAGGAUCAUCCGGGCUGACCUUCCUUUCAUCCAGGAUGUGUGGGGUCUGCAAAGAUGUUAGCUGCCCUUUAUCCUGAUCCUAGACCUGUACAAGACUUGGAUGGAGGAAAGGUUAGCCCCGAUGAUUCUCUGUCCAGACCUAAUUGUUUUGUUGCAGUCUGGACCUGUCCUGUUUUGAAACCAAGUGUAAGGCUAGCCUGACAAGCACUUUGUGAAGAAACUCAACACAACAGGGCCAUUCAAGAAUAACUCAAAUACCAAAUGUCUCAAAGAAUUCAAAAUGUCUCAAAAUCCAACAUAGUAUCAAGCUUAAAACACUCGCCUUAAUUUGUGUGGCUCAUAACAACUCAGACCUGCUUCACUAGAUAAGGUCACAUGCUGAAAGAGAUGAAAUAGUUCUGGGAGAGAUCAACAUCACUUUAACCAGAAAUAUCGUUAAAAAACAAUAUUGUGAGAUCGCACUGGCUAUUGAUUUCUUUUUAAUAUAGUUUUACUGAAUAUAUUGCUUUUUUUAAGCAACACAAGCAACACUGAAUUGUUAAUUUGUUUGUCCCAUAUUUAUUAUAAAAUGCACAAACUUUAUUUUCAGUAGUUUGGAAUUUUGGUUUUUAGUUUUAGCCUUCCUUUUUUUAUUUGUGAGUUUUAAAACUUUUUUAUUAAAGGGAAUAAGUACCAUAACAUUAUUUCAGUGAUGAAUAAUGAAAAAAUACCAUGCAAUGUUUAUAUCCAAGAGAUUUGAUUAUUUCUAUGUAUCGAUAAAUUAAGUGUACAGUAUGUGACACACUAGGUUUUUGUCACAACUCCACUACACAAUGUUAUUUUAAGAAUGGUACAUUCUGUGCAAUAUGGUUCUGGUGAUUUUAUGAAAUGUGUGCAAUGUUUAUUCAUUUAAUCUUUUAUGGACCACAUUGUACAUGUUUGAGUAUUUCUUUAAUAUGAAGGUUGUUUUUCUUCAACAUGUUCUGUUUCUCAGACAUGACAAUAAAGACCUGACUGAUUCA